UGAUAUUUUUGCGCAACUACUAGUAAGCGGCUCACAAUUCUAACGUAUACAGGACUGCGAAACACAGAGAUACUAGCAUCUGCGGCAUCAAGAAGAGGACAAGGACGCAAUUCAGAUUGUCCCGGUAACAGACAGCAAGAUGAUUCACCGGCGGACUUUGAUCCUUCCGUCCAGAAAGAUGAAAGGCCUUCCGGGAUACGCACGAUCAAUGAUGAUAUAACCCCCGCUAUCUUUCUACAGCGGCUCGAAGGGGUACAUAUCCUAGAUCCAGAUUUGAUAGCCACCAAAGAGAAGAUACAAAAAUUGGAAAUAAUGGUGCAUACCUAUAUGUCUGGCUCUCCGCGUCUUGAUUUCCUGUUCCCGCUCGUCGAGCUCAAUUUUACUAGAGCCCUCGUGGAAAAUAUUGAGAUCCUAGGCUUCACAUCAGAGAAUUUGCACGAUGAUGCCCUCUCGCCCUUUAGCACUGCUGGGCCAUGGCCACAUAACUUUGCAGCUUCCGUCCCCGCAAGUCUUCAUCCCACCGAAAUCCAACGGACAGUACCGCACCAUCCGUGGUUAGAUCUGCUUCCGGUUCCACAGAUGCGAGAUAAUCUCAUUCUAGCCGGAGAGUCGUACGAUGAAACAGCUGUGUGUCUCGAUCUCAAAGGGCAUGGGAGUUCGCGGACAGGAAGGACAGGCAUCAUAGUCUGGAAGGAUCCUUGGGAUCCAUCAGGUUGGGAGAUCACGGAGUCGUUCGCUCGCACUUGGGGCUGGGUCAUUUGGAAUUGCCAGGACAUCUUUCGCUCCACGAAUCACUGGCGAGCUCAGCGGAACGAGAGGCCACUCUUUCGCACGAGAUGACCAAAGCCAUCUCGUCUACCAUGCGUUGCUGCGUUGCUUGAAUUGUACACUAGGAAUCCAUCCUUUCGUUAUUAUCCAUCGAGGAGCAUCCUCUUCCGC